GCAAAACGGUUGGAAAUUUUUGUUUUCAGUUUCAGUUUUUGUUUGAGUUUGUGAUUUGAUUUAAUUCAACUCAAGACAAGAGUGAAUAAUUUUUUUAAUUUGCUUGUGAUCUAAUUUACCCAAUACUUUUGUUCACUACAAACUAUGAAAUGAAGCGUAUAAAACAGCAGCAGCAGCAACAACAACAGCAACCUAUAAAAAGCGCCAUUAAGAAAGCCAAGUCAAAUGAAAGCGUCAAAGAGAAGCACCCACUGCAGGUGUACUGCAGGGUGCGACCGUUGCAGAACGAGAAUGAGCAAUCUUGUGUCAGCAUCGAAUCGCCCACUAGCCUUCUGCUCACUGUCACCGACGCCAAUCGAGCCGGCCUUGGCCUCCAGAAGCAGAUGCGAUUUCUUUUCAAGCACGUGUUUGACGAGACAGCCACCCAGCUACAGGUGUUCAAUGAGACCUCGCUGCCCCUCGUGCAGAAUCUGAUCGAAGGUCGCAACGGUCUGCUGUUCACCUACGGAGUGUCGAACAGCGGGAAGUCGUUCACAAUGGACGGCGCGCCCGACAACCUGGGCAUCAUGCCUCGCAGCAUCAGCGUGCUCUUCAACUCGAUCAACACGCGGUUGGCGCCGAAAUACCUGUUCAAACCGGACAAGUUGAACGGGUUCGAUGUCCAGUCUGAACCGGAUGCCUUGCUCGAACGCCAGAGGGAGCUCAUGUCGUCCAUGCGGAACCCCAAGUCGGCCAAGAAAAAAGAUGCAUAUGCUGACAUGAGGUCGAGAGGUGGCCAAGCAAGUACUCAAAAACUUAACAUCAAUGAUGAGAAUGUCUAUGCAGUCUUCAUAACUUACAUUGAGAUCUAUAACAACUGCGUUUAUGAUCUUUUAGAAGAUUAUCAAAGUGAUGAUUGCACGAGAGUCAGGGCUCUGCAACCGAAAAUAAUCAGAGAAGAUGGCUCGAAGAAUAUGUACGUGCAUGGUGUCGAUGAAAUAGAAGUGACCACACCAGAUGAAGCCGUUGAGAUAUUCUAUAAAGGGCAGAAGAGAAGGCGCCUGGCUCAUACUGCGCUCAACACUGAAUCCAGUCGUAGCCACUCGGUCUUCACUAUACGGCUUGUUCAGGCGCCCUCGGACGCAGCAGGCGGCGACCGCCGCUGGCUAACGGUGAGUCAACUGUCGCUGGUUGAUUUGGCGGGCAGCGAGCGAACGUCGCGCGCUCGCACGGCCGGCCAGCGCCUGCGCGAAGCGGGCAACAUCAACAAUUCGCUGAUGACGCUGCGCACAUGCUUCGAGCUGCUCAGAGACAAUCAACUGACCGGUGGCAGCAAGAUGAUUCCCUAUCGCGAGUCGCGGCUCACGCAUCUCUUCAAGAACUACUUUGACGGCGACGGCGAUGUGCGCAUGAUCAUCUGUGUCAAUCCGCGCGCUGGCGACUGUGAUGAGAUCAAUCAUGUUCUGAAGUUCGCAGAGAUGUCGCAAGAGGUCAAAGUUAAUAGAAUCAGGCCGCCAAAGGAGAUUCCAUGUCCUCCACCUGCCAAGAGGAAACCACCUUCUACGGAAAUGAAGCAACAAGAAGAGAUAGUGACGUCAGCAAAUAGCAAGACCAACCUGAGCUCGUCUUUCCUAGCGAGUUGUCGUUUUCAACAAGCAUUUCCGGUGCCCGAGAUAACAGAUCCUGAAAAUAACGGCUUCAUUACGGAAACGCUUCAAGUGAUGCUUGCUAGGAAGGAGAAAGCAAAGGAACUGCAGACUCACAUAAAAACAUUAGCCAAUUCCUUCCGUGUUGGACAAGAGAGUUUUUUCAACGAAGUGAAUUCUAUUCAAGACGAAUAUAAAAGAUUGGCCGAAAACAAUAGAGAAAAAGAUCAAACUAUUGAGGAAUUGCGGAGGAAAAUUCAUCAAAUGGAUUCAGAAAAACUUAAUUUAAAAAUGAAGUGCACUAGUACAGAGCAUUAUCUUCGAAGUCGAGAAAAUGAGCUUGCCGACAAGGAAGAGCAGUUGUCGAAGGAGCAGGAGGCACGAGAGCGAGAGAAGAUGCGCAUGAAAGACCAGAUCACGCAGAAAACUGAGAAACUGGCCAAAGAGCUGCAGCGACAGAAGAGUCAGAUGGAGAUGGAAAUGUGGCAGCGCGACAGGCGGCUCAGGAAAGUGAAGAAGAUUCUAGAUAGCGGCCCGAGUGUGACUUCACGCGGUGCCACUCCGUCGGCGACGACACGUGGUGCUACCCCGUCAGUGACGUCACGGUAUCCGCCUUCGACUACCGAGAGCAGCGAAUCGGACGUAGCACCGUUGCGACUGCGCAAUCGCAUUCUGGCCGCGCAGUUCAAAACGCCGCAACCGAAGCAUGCGGCGAGUGAGGCGGAUCUAGCCAGCAAGGCGGCGACUGUCGGCCGCGUGGCUAACCUCAGGUCGACGUUCCGACGCUCGCGUUCGUCAGGCCCCGGAGAACGGCUUGCCGAAACUCCACAGCCAACGGCAACGGAGAGCGAAGCAACGACCUCGACAGGUGGUCGCGUGGCCAACCUGCGGUCAGCGUUCCGUCGUUCGCGGUCAGCGGGACCCGGAGACGUGUGGUUGGACCAUCGGCCGCCCAACGUCCCCCCCGACACCCUCUUCCAGCCCGUCAUGAAGCGCUCGCAUCCCGUCGACAAACUGACCGACAUCAGGCAGGUCAAUAAGUCGUCCAAGUACUGUCUCACAGUGCUGGAUAAGGACUCGGACGGCGAUAUUGAAACCUGCUUGUACAAGGGAGACGUAUUGCCCACUUCUUCGGGCGGCGCUCAGGUCACUUUCAGCGAUGUGGAAAUUCUCAAACAGAAAUCGCCGAUCGAUUCUCCAACCAGGAAACGUUCCAGUGCCAGAAAUGCAGUUCCUUAUGAAGAUAUUGAAAAUCGUUGUGCAGUGUCUGUUGAGUGUCAUGCGAAGAAAUCUCGUCGUUAACAAAUGCUUCAAAUUGAUAAGGUUUUCUGAAUCUAUGCGAAUCGAUCACAUUUUAUUUUACUUAUUUUUCGUAGAGUCAAGAAACUGUAUCAAGGGAUCAAGUAGAGCUGUAUCAAGGGAUUAAGAAUAACAUCUUUAUCCCCCUACUGAUUCGUACAGUCGAAUCUCAAUUUAACGUACUAGAUCAGGAGAAAAAUCAUAUCGGAAUAUCGUCAAUUAGGCCAGCCACUAACAUUAAAGCACGAACUAGAUUCUCUAGUAUUGUACAAUACUUUUAGUUCAAGUACUAAUACUUACAAGUACAGUAUUAUAGUACAGUACCUUACAAAAUCAGGCCACACAACUGUGAUAAACAUGUCAUAAACACUGUGGCCUGAUGUUAUAAGUAGGUACAAUAAUAUUGAGCGUCUAUUCUGUGUCAAGUUUCACCGCACAUUUUCGAAUUACCGACGAACAGUCUCCUGUAACAGUUCACCUGCAAAUGCACGCAAAUUAUUGAACACCUGCGUCGAAGGUUGUCCCGGUUGCCGAAAUUGUCCUGCAAAACGGAAGUUGGUGCCUGGACUUAUGGGGCUACUUUUACAUUGAGCUUUAUAUACGAGUAACUUUAAGAGUAUUCAAAGAAGAUAGAUAAAACCCGUCUAUUUCUGAGGUCCUGUCCUACUGUAUGUGUAUAAAGCAGAAUAGGUUUUUUCUUUAGCUAAGGAUGAUUAACAAAUUAUCCACAUGCUUGUGCAUGGGAGAAUGGUGAUGAAGAUUAAUAUACCUGCUGAAACUGAAUUUGUAGCUCUUUUAAUUUUUUUUUUUUUUGACUACUUAUGACCUAUUUUUAAUCAUUGAUUUUAUCUAUUGAAUAAUAAAUCAAUUUAUAUUAUUUCACUUUUAUCUUUGAUAUACAGAGCUUUCUUAUUUGAUUUUUCGAACAAAUUAGUAUAGCCUAACCACCAAUAUUUAGGAAAAAACGUGGUAAAAUGUACAAAUUUUAUGUAGAAUAGAUAUAUAUUACAAAAUUCAAGCUCUCUUAUGCAAUAAUAUUAUGAAGUAUUAAACCUACUCAAAGUAAUUUGUUUUCACAAAAUGUACUUAAAUUUGUAUUAUCAAAUACCUCAUUUUAUAAAUUAGUUGUAAAAAUUUAAUAUCCAUGACUUAUUUUUAUAUAUUUUUUUGUAUAAAUGAAUGUGAAGUAUUUUAAUAGAUGUAAUUGAUAGUGUAUUUAAUAUAAAUUUGAAAAUUAAAUCUUCUUAGGAAAAGCGAUGAAGCCAUAGAGUUGUAUGAUUACAAGUAUUUGUCAUUAGAAACAUCAAUUAUCUUAUUAGAUGAGUUUUAAAAAUAAUCAGGUUGCCUGAAAACGCAUGAAUGAAAUUGAACCAAAAAAGUGAUAAUGAAGAUUAGUUAGAAGAUUUCAAUUAUUGUAAACUAAGCUCUCUGAAGUAUUGGUUAAUAAGUUUAAGUUGACAAAGCUCUCUUUGAACCCCUAAUGUUACGAACUACAACUUUUUUCUACUUCAACUUAGGGUUUACAUGAAAGGAUAAAUUUAAUGUAAUACAGUAAUAAUUAUAUUGCUCAAUUCAGGGAUUCCAGUAUUCAAAGUGUAUGCUUCUUAUAAUAAUGUGUUCUUCUUAGACCAUCUAAUUAUUUUACUAACACAUUAGAUCUCUAGUGUUCUCUUUUUUCAGUUGAAAUUAAGAUCUAGAACUUUGUAUUCAAUCUUACAUUUUUAUAGCUAAGAUUUAAUGUUAUUUUUAAAUUUCAUGACAAGCUUAGAUAAUACUUGGUACAUUUUUGUAGGCUUUCAUUUAUGAUUGAGGACUGAUACAAAAACAAAAUAACUGAAAUUAGAACUGUUUGGGUAACUUUGUAGAGAAUAUUUAGUUUUGUGGCCACAAUUCAGUAGCAAAAUCUCACAGUGGUAGUUACAGUAAUGUUUUGGGUCUGCUGUUUGAGGCUGUGCAAAGGCUAAAAAUAACUGUCACCAAAAAUGUAAAAAAAUAAAAAUGUCAUCAGUAGAAAGUUAUUUUUUAGCCUUUGCACAGCCUUAACCUUCCGGUAGUCGCGCCCUACUCAAUCACAAGAGCAGUCGCGUGUUGUAAUUUUCACAACAUCCAAUUUUCCAAUUGUUAUGUAUUCUGUUCACUGUCAAAACAUAUUAAUUAAUUGUAUAAAUACCAUUCCCAUCUCAUUGUAUUAUUUCACGCCUAUAAACAUUUGGAUGAUUACCAUUUCGUAACCCAAAAGGGUAUCCCAAGCAAAGCCAUCAAUUCUGUGUUAUUGGUUCGUUUACAGUCCCCGUAUACAGUCUUUCCCUAUCAUACUUAUGCACUGUGGCGACUAAAUGGCACCUGAAAACUUAACGAUUGUUCGGUUGAUACUGCAACUCAGUGGAGUGAUGUGGAGAAAGUUUUGGAAUAUAUAGGUGACUCAUUCACUGACACCCGCAUUCAAUAGUUUUGUGUAGCAAAAACUGUUGCUCUUUUUACAACAGCGCGACUGCCGGAAGGUUAAGCUGCAAUUCUUGUAUCUGCUUCCAAGCAGCAACUGGUGGUAGUGGAGAAGAGAGGGGAGAUUCUACAACAGAUAAGAUGGAGCGGGAUAGAGUGAGGAGGCUACCUAUCUGACAGCACUACUAAACUACCAUGCUGCUUACAUUUAUGUUCUGCUGGUUUGGGUUGAGGGUUGUACACAAACAAAAUCUGCUAGGUUUCUGGCACCAAAGCCCGUUGGGAUUCACAGACCAUCCAGUUUUCCAUGCUGUUGUAUUAUUUAAUACUAGGUAUCAUAUAUAAUCUAAUAGGUAAAAUAAUAUGAUCAAAAAAUUAUGCAAAUAAGAACUGUUUGUUUAAUAUUAAUACAAUAGUAUUUAUUUAGUAUCGAUUUACUACUUACGUUAAACUCUGUCUAUAUUUAUUGCUACUCUGGGAACUAUCUAAAUGUUUCAUUUUUCCAUCUUUUUCAUUUACUGUCGAAAUACUAAUUAUUUUUUUAGAAAAUGUACAUAAUAUAAGAUAUAACUUGAAUUAACAUGAAUAUGUUAAUCUUAUCAUCACGCUUUAUGUUUCUUACGGUACUAAUAAAAUUUUGUAACUUUUGCAA